AGGGGUUACAAGGGGUUAAAGGGGGUUACAAAUGGUUACAAGGGGUUACAGAGGAUUACAAGGGGUUACAAGGGAUGACAGGGGGUGACAAGGGGUUACGGGGGGUUACAAUGGAUUAUAGAAACUUUUUUCUAACUAGAACGUUCCCAGAUACUUUUUCUUAGUCUAUUUUGCAAAAAAAUCCAAGUUGAGGAAAUCUCAAAUUUUUGAUCAAAACGAUGGACUAACCCCUUUGGAAAAAUUCUAAUUUUGCGUUUUUCGUACACAGUUGUUUUUAUAGUCUUUAAAGGCUUCUUUUUUUUUUACAACGUCAGCAAAGACUUUUUCUUGAUCUAUUUUUGAUAAACACAAAAGAUGAAAAAACUUCAACUUUUUGACCAAAAUCAUAAACUAUCCCCUUUGCAAAAAUGCCAAUUUUGAAUUCUUUUUAAAUCCAUGUUUAUAUUCAGUGUAGAAAGGCUUGUUUUCUAACGAGAACGUCACCAAAUACUUUUUCUGGCUGUAUUUUGCAUAAAACGAAACGUUCACAAAAUUUCCAAUUUUUGACCAAAACCAUGGACUCAGCCCUUUGCAAAAAUGCCAAUUUUGUGCGUUUUUGAAACCGAUGUUUUUCUUGUUCAGAAAGGGUUGUUAGCUAUAUAAAAUGUCAAAAAUCGUUUUUUCACGAUUUAUUUUCACGAUCUAUGACAUAGGAAUACCGGGGGUUACAAGGGGUUACAGGGGGUUACAAGGGGUUACAAGGGGUUACAAGGGGUUACAGGGGGUUACAAGGGGUGACAGGGUGUGACAAGGGGUUACAGGGGGUUACAAUGGAUUAUAGAAACUUUUUUCUAACUAGAACGUUCCCAGAUACUUUUUCUUACUCUAUUUUGCAUAACAAUCAAAGUUGAAGUAAUCUCUAAUUUUUGAUCAAAACCAUGGACUAACCCCUUUGGAAAAAUUUUAAUUUUGUGCGUUUUUGAAACCGAUCUUUUUGUUGUUCAGAAAGGCUUGUUUGCUAUAUAAAACGUCAGAAAUCGUUUUUUCACGAUUUAUUUUCACGAUCUAUGACAUGGGAAUACGGGGGGUUACAAGGGGUUACAGGGGGUUACAAUGGGUUACAAGGGGUUACAAGGGGUUAAAAGGGAUGACAGGGGGUGACAAGGGGUUAGAGGGGGUUACAAAGGAUUAUAGAAACUUUUUUCUAACUAGAACGUUCCCAGAUACUUUUUCUUAGUCUAUUUUGCUUAAAAAUCACAGUUGAAGAAAUCUCAAAAUUUCGAUCAAACUGAUGGACUAACCCCUUUGGAAAAAUUCUAAUUUUGCGUUUUUCGUUCACAGUUGUUUUUAUAGUCUUUAAAGGCUUUUUUUUUAUCUAGAACGUCAGCAAACACUUUUUCUCGAUCUCUUUUUGAUAAACACAAAAGAUGAAAAAACUUCAAUUUUUUGACCCAAAUCAUGGACUAACCCCUUUGCAAAAAUGCCAAUUUUGCCUUCUUUUUAAAUCCAUGUUUAUAUUGUCUAGAAAGGCUUGUUUUCUAACGAGAACGUCACCAAAUACUUUUUCUGGGUGUAUUUUGCAUAAAACGAAACGUUCACAAAAUUUGCAAUUUUGACCAAAACCAUGGACUAACCCCUUUGCAAAAAUGCCAAUUUUGUGCGUUUUUGAUAGGGAUAUUUUUGUUCUUCAGAAAGGCUUGUUUGCUAUAUAAAACGUCAAAAAUCGUUUUUCCACGAUUUAUUUUCACGAUCCAUGACAUGGGAAUACAGGGGGUUACAAGGGGUUACAGGGGGUUAAAGGGGGUUACAAGGGGUUACAAGGGGUUACAGGUUGUUACAAGGGGUUACAAGGGGUGACAGGGGUUGACAAGGACUAGAGCUUACCCUACUCCGAGGACACAACAGCCUCCACCAUUAUAUUCUUCUUAUGUAAGUUCCUCUGAUGGCUACUCCUCUUACAGUGAUGCUGUCAAACAUGGUCACACUUCACGAGACCCACUACCUAGUCAUAUACAGAACAGUCCGCUUCCAACAACAAUCAACUCUCCUGCUUCCCCUCAACCUAAUCAGUCUGACUUGACGGGAUUAGAAAUACCUAAGGAACUGGUAUCAUUUUUACGAUUUAUUAAGACUUUACUUUAGUUACUCUUAUUCCCUAUUUUAGAUCUUGAUUUUCCCCUUGUUCUUAGUAAUGAAAUUGACCUAUUUACCAGGAUAUCCAGUAAAUUCUUCUUUGAGAUAAGAUACCGAUAUGCAAAACUACUUAAGUCAGUCCAAUAAGUUAUCCUUUUUUGCAUGGAACAUCAAUGGACUUUCCUCAAAAUCAUUAGGUAACAAAUUACGGGAUCCUGAUUGUUUACGAAUGAUUAACAACUUUGAUUUCAUAAUUCUCUCCGAGACAUGGAAAUCAGUAAGUAUUGACCUUGAAGGCUUCAACAUUGUGAGUACAAGUACUUUAAAAAACAGAAAAUGUGGUCGGAGCUCAGGUGGCCUAGCUUUGAUUUUUAAAUCAAACUUUAGUGAUUGGAUUUCAGUGGAAAAAGAAUCUCCGAAUUUUCGGUGGUUUAAGAUUGCCAAAGAAUGUACAAAAACCGAAAAAGAUAUCUUUGUAUGUGGCACAUAUAUCCCACCUCAAAAUUCCAUUUACUUUUAUCCUGAACUAUUUGAAGAACUUGAAAACGAUAUUGAGAAAUUCUCGGCUUUUGGAUCAAUUCUUCUCAUGGGUGAUUUCAACUCUAGAACAGGCAAAUACUCAGACAAUGUCUGUCAAGAGGGCAACACCAUUAUAACAAACGAUCAAUCUGAAUUCUCCUUAUGCGCCCUUCAGCGACACAGCUUUGAUAACGAAUUAAAUAACCACGGUAAACGGCUUUUAGAAAUAUGUAGGAGUGCAGAUCUAACGAUUAUGAAUGGUAGAUCCCGUGGCGAUUCGCUGGGAAGGCCAACAUUUCAUGGUAAAUUAGGAGUUAGUGUUGUUGACUAUGCAAUAUGCGACCAAGACUUAUUCCACUCUAUCGCGAAUUUUGUUGUCAAAGAGCCGUCGAGUUUAUCAGAUCACAGUCCAAUAAUGACAUGGCUUAACAUUACUAAGGUAAAUACCCACUUAGCUACAGAAAAUACCAAUGAUACAUUCAUUCGUUUACCCAAACAGUUUAUAUGGGAAAAUGAUUCAUCACAAAAAUUUAAAACAGCAAUGCAAACAAGAGACAUACAGAGAAUGAUACAUGAUUUUCUUGUUGACAGUAGGCCAGACAAACACAUUAACUCCUCUCUCGAUGCAGUAGAAAGGAUUCUUUUUGCAACCGCAAAACAUUGUUUGAAAAUUAAGAACGUUAAAAGACGAUAUACUAGAUUAUCUCCUGUUCGUCUAACAAAAAAUGGUUUGAUAAAGAAUGUCGUCUUAAGAGACACGAAUUGAGGAAACUUGCUAAUCUAAAACACAGAGAUCCUCUCAAUAUUACGCUUAGGGAAAACUAUCACACUGUCUUAAAACAGUACAAAAACGUUCUGAAACAGAAGAGAAAAGAAUACUAUGAUACUAAGAUCUCGGAACUAGAAGACAUGAUAGAUAACCCAAACAGCCGAAAUUUUUGGAACUGUUUGAAAUCUAUGGAUAAUUCUAUGAAGGAAACUAGUACCCCGCCAAUCUCAGAAGAAAGUUGGUUGUCUCACUUCCAGUCACUACAUUCAAACGAGCCUCUUAAUUCACACCAAGAAGCCAUUAACGAUGAGUUAACAAGAUUAGAAGACGCAACAACACAAUCGCAUGCUUUGGACUACCUAAUAACUGAACUCGAAAUACGCACAGCGGCUAACAAACUCAAAAACAACAAAUCUUCGUAUUCAGAUAGAAUAAAAAAUGAAAUGAUCAAAUCCAGCUUAAAUGAACUAAUGCCUAUUUAUUUGAAGUUAUUUAACGCUGUUCUGACGUCAGGCACUAUGCCUCAAACAUGGUGCGGUGGCCUUAUAACACCAAUUUUUAAAAGUGGGACUAAAAGUGAUCCCUCAAAUUAUCGAGGAAUUUGUAUUUCUAGUUGUCUUGGGAAACUAUUUUGCUCAAUUCUCAAUCAAAGACUUCUCAAGCACAUUCAGUCGCGUGACAUACUUCAUAAAUCUCAAAUAGGUUUCUUAGCAAAUAAUCGAACCGCUGACCAUGUUCUUACACUACGAACAUUAAUUGACAAAUACGUUGACUGUCACAAAACGAAAGUAUACGCAUGUUUUGUGGACUUUAGAAAAGCAUUUGAUUCGGUGUGGCACGAUGGACUCUUAUACAAGCUGUUACAAAUAAAUGUCCGAGGAAACUUCUAUAAAGUCAUAAAAAGUUUAUACUCAAACUCUACCUGUUCUAUUAGGAUUGGAAAUAACCAAACACAUCCUUUUCAAUACACUAGAGGUGUGCGUCAAGGCUGCAUUUUAAGCCCUCUUCUCUUCAACCUAUACGUUAAUGAUCUAGCUUUUUCAUUCAACAAUAUUUUAUCUGAUCCGUUUGUGCUACCAAAUGGCACCAAACUCAAUUCUCUUUUUUAUGCUGACGACCUUAUUAUAUUAUCACGAUCGAAACUAGGAUUACAAAAUUGCCUCAACAAAUUGUCUUCAUAUUGCAACUCCUGGAUGCUUAAAAUCAACCCCAAGAAAACCAAAAUAAUGGUUUUCCAAAAAGGCACAAAAAAAUGUGAUUAUGUUUUUCACAUAGGCAAUGAAAUGAUAGACAUUGUAAAAGACUAUACUUACUUAGGGACUCGCAUCUCGUCUUCCGGAAAUUUUACACUCUCACUUGAACAUCUUCGACAAAAAGCCCUUCAUGCUCUAUUUAGUCUAAGACGCCACACUGAUUUUAGUAAACUGAAACCCUCCCUUGCAAAUAAAAGUUUUGACACAAAGAUCUCACCGAUUUUAACGUACAAUAGUGAAGUUUGGGGUGCCUUUGUGAAAUCAGAUUUUCAGUCAUGGGAUAACUCCGGAAUCGAAAAAACUCAUUUACACUUCUGUAAACGAUAUUUAGAAGUCCAUAACAAGUCAUCCAAUGUUGCAUGCAGAUCUGAACUUGGCAGAUUCCCUCUGAUCAUUGAUAUAAAUAACAAGAUACUUAAUUACUUAAACUAUCUCCAAGAAAAAGAUGAAAAUUCUAUAGUUAAACAAUCUUUAAAAAUAUCUGUUGACCUUUAUCAUAGUGGCCAAAAUAGUUUUUACUCCAGUCUUAAGAAGAUGACUGACGACUAUGAUUUCCCAGGCUUUAAUUGUAAUUUACUGAAUAAAUGUAAAAUUAAGCAAUAUGUAGACCUUAUGAAAAAGAAAUAUAUCACUUACUGGAAUCAUACCCUUCAACAUUCACAAAAACUUAACUUUUAUUAUAAAAUCAAAACGAAUUAUAGCCCUUCUGUCUACCUAGAUUUAACAAGAAAGAACCCUUCUAGGAAAACAUUAGUGAAGCUGAGAAUAAGCAGUCACAAACUUAGGAUUGAGACAGGUAGAUACGACAAUCUACCACGUGGCGAAAGGUUAUGCAAUCUCUGCAAUUGUAACAGAAUUGAAGACGAAACUCACUUUUUAUUAGAUUCCCAAGUUUCUCUUCGAUAAGAGAUAUGUUCUUCUCUAAACUAGAACCUAAAAUACCGUUUCUACGACUACAAUCACAUGAGUCCCUAUUAUCACAUCUAAUGAAUUCUACUGACUAUUUUAUUAACAUCCAAUUAAUUUCAUUUAUAUCAACUUGCUUUGAAUUGAGAGACAAACUUAUUUCCGGAAUAAUUAAUCCUACUGAUGGUUAGAAAUAAACAAUGAUUAAUAAGUUUCGAAUUAUUUUAAAUAUUUAAUUUACAAGGAAUCAAUGAGUAAUUUCAAGUAGCUUUUGCAAUACUGUAAUACUUUGUUAUGGUCAUGCAAAUAAAGCUUAUUGUUGUUGUUGUUGACAAGGGGUUACAGGGGGUUAAAAUGGAUUAUAGAAACUUUUUUCUAACAAGAACGUUCCCAGAUACUUUUUCUUAGUCUAUUUUGCAGAAAAAUCCAACUUGAAAAAAUCUCAAAUUUUUGAUCAAAACGAUGGACUAACCCGUUUGGAAAAAUUCUAAUUUUGCGUUUUUCGUACCCAGUUUUUUUUUAUAGUCUUUAAAGGCUUCUUUUUUAUUUAGAACGUCAGCAAACACUUUUUCUCGAUCCGUUCUUGAUAAACACAGAAGAUGAAAAAACUUUAACUUUUUGACCAAAAUCAUGGACUAUCCCCUUUGCAAAAAUGCCAAUUUUGCCUUCUUUUCAAAUCCAUGUUUAUAUUGUCUAGAAAGGCUUGUUUUCUAACGAGAACGUCACCAAAUACUUUUUCUGGGUGUAUUUUGCAUAAAACGAAACGUUCACAAAAUUUCCAAUUUUUGACCAAAACCAUGGACUAACCCCUUUGCAAAAAUGCCAAUUUUGUGCGUUUUUGAAACCCAUAUUUUUGUUGUUCAGAAAGGCUUGUUUGCUAUAUAAAACGUCAGAAAUCGUUUUUUCACGAUUUAUUUUAACAAUCUAUGACAUGGGAAUACCGGGGGUUACAAGGGGUUACAGGGGUUACAGGGGGUUACAAGGGGUUACAAGGGGUUACAAGGGGUUACAGGGAGUUACAAGGGGUUACAAGGGGUGACAGGGGGUGACAAGAGGUUACAGGGGGUUACAGGCGGUUACAAAGUAUUAUAGAAACUUUUUUCUAACUAGAACGUUCCCAGAUACUUUUUCUUAGUCUAUUUUGCAUAACAAUCAAAGUUGAGGAAAUCUCAAAUUUUUGAUCAAAACGAUGGACUAACCCGUUUGGAAAAAUUCUAAUUUUGCGUUUUUCGUACCCAGUUUUUUUUUAUAGUCUUUAAAGGCUUCUUUUUUAUUUAGAACGUCAGCAAACACUUUUUCUCGAUCCGUUCUUGAUAAACACAGAAGAUGAAAAAACUUUAACUUUUUGACCAAAAUCAUGGACUAUCCCCUUUGCAAAAAUGCCAAUUUUGCCUUCUUUUCAAAUCCAUGUUUAUAUUGUCUAGAAAGGCUUGUUUUCUAACGAGAACGUCACCAAAUACUUUUUCUGGGUGUAUUUUGCAUAAAACGAAACGUUCACAAAAUUUCCAAUUUUUGACCAAAACCAUGGACUAACCCCUUUGCAAAAAUGCCAAUUUUGUGCGUUUUUGAAACCCAUAUUUUUGUUGUUCAGAAAGGCUUGUUUGCUAUAUAAAACGUCAGAAAUCGUUUUUUCACGAUUUAUUUUAACAAUCUAUGACAUGGGAAUACCGGGGGUUACAAGGGGUUACAAGGGUUACAGGGGGUUACAAGGGGUUACAAGGGGUUACAAGGGGUUACAGGGAGUUACAAGGGGUUACAAGGGGUGACAGGGGGUGACAAGAGGUUACAGGCGGUUACAAAGUAUUAUAGAAACUUUUUUCUAACUAGAACGUUCCCAGAUACUUUUUCUUAGUCUAUUUUGCAUAACAAUCAAAGUUGAAGAAAUCUCAAAUUUUUGAUCAAAACGAUGGACUAACCCCUUUGGAAAAAUUCUAAUUUUGCGUUUUUCGUACACAGUUGUUUUUAUAGUCUUUAAAGGCUUCUUUUUUAUCUAGAACGUCAGCAAACACUUUUUCUCGAUCUAUUUUUGAUAAACACAAAAGAUGAAAAAACUUCAACUUUUUGACCAAAAUCAUGGACUAUCCCCUUUGCAAAAAUGCCAAUUUUGCCUUCUUUUUAAAUCCAUGUUUAUAUUGUCUAGAAAGGCUUGUUUUCUAACGAGAACGUCACCAAAUACUUUUUCUGGGUGUAUUUUGCAUAAAACGAAACGUUCACAAAAUUUCCAAUUUUUGACCAAAACCAUGAACUAACCCCUUUGCAAAAAUGCCAAUUUUUUGCGCUUUUGAAACCGAUAUUUUUGUUGUUCAGAAAGGCUUGUUUGCUAUAUAAAACGUCAAAAAUCAUUUUUCCACGAUUUAUUUUCACGAUCCAUGACAUGGGAAUACCGGGGGUGACAAGGGGUUACAGGGGGUUAAAGGGGGUUACAAGAGGUUACAAGGGGUUACAGAGGGUUACAAGGGGUUACAAGGAGUGACAGGGGGUGACAAGGGGUUACACGGGGUUACAAUGGAUUAUAGACACUUUUUUCUAACUAGAACGUUCCCAGAUACUUUUUCUUACUCUAUUUUGCAAAAAAAUCCAACUUGAAAAAAUCUCAAAUUUUUGACCAAAACGAUGGACUAACCCCUUUGGAAAAAUUCAAAUUUUGCGUUUUUCGUACACAGUUGUUUUUAUAGUCUUUAAAGGCUUCUUUUUUAUCUAGAACGUCAGCAAAGACUUUUUCUCGAUCUAUUUUUGAUAAACACAAAAGAUGAAAAAACUUCAACUUUUUGACCAAAAUCAUGGACUAUCCCCUUUGCUAAAAUGCCAAUUUUGCCUUCUUUUUAAAUCCAUGUUUAUAUUGUCUAGAAAGGCUUGUUUCCUAACGAGAACGUCACCAAAUACUUUUUCCGGGUGUAUUUUGCAUAAAACGAAACGUUCACAAAAUUUCUAAUUUUUGACCAAAACCAUGGACUAACCCCUUUGCAAAAAUGCCAAUUUUGUGCGUUUUUGAAACCGAUAUUUUUGUUGUUCAGAAAGGCUUGUUUGCUAUAUAAAACGUCAAGAAUCGUUUUUUCACGAUUUAUUUUCAGGAUCUAUAACAUGGCAAUACCGGGGGUUACAAGGGGUUACAGGGGGUUAGAGGGGGUUACAAGGGGUUACAAGGGGUGACAGGGGGUGACAAAGGGUUACAGGGGGUUACAAUGGAUUAUAGAGACUUUUUUCUAACUAGAACGUUCCCAGAUACUUUUUCUUAGUCUAUUUUGCAUAACAAUCAAAGUUGAGGAAAUCUCAAAUUUUUGAUCAAAACGAUGGACUAACCCCUUUGGAAAAAUUCUAAUUUUGCGUUUUUCCUACACAGUUGUUUUUAUAGUCUUCUUCUUUAAAGGCUUCUUUUUUAUCUAGAACGUCACAAACACUUUUUCUCGAUCCAUUUUUGAAAAACACAAAAGAUGAAAAAACUUCAACUUUUUGACCAAAAUCAUGGACUAUCCCCUUUGCAAAAAUGCCAAUUUUGCCUUCCUUUUAAAUCCAUCUUUAUAUUCUCUAGAAAGGCUUCCUUUCGAACGACAACGUCACCAAAUACUUUUUCUGGGUGUAUUUUGCAUAAAACGAAACGUUCACAAAAUUUCCAAUUUUUGAGCAAAACCAUGGACUAACCCCUUUGCAAAAAUGCCAAUUUUGUGCGUAUUUAAAACCGAUGUUUUUCUUGUUCAGAAAGGCUUGUUUCCUAUAUAAAACGUCCAAAAUUGUCUUUUCACGAUUUAUUUUCACGAUCUUUGACAUGGGAAUAACGGGGUUACAAGGGGUUACAGGGGGUUACAGGGGAUUACAAGGGGAUACAACGGGUUACAAGGGGUUACAAGGGGUGACAAGGGGUUACAAGGGGUUACAGGGGGUUACUAAGGAUUAUAGAAACUUUUUUCUAACUAGAACGUUCCCAGAUACUUUUUCUUACUCUAUUUUGCAUAACAAUCAAAGUUGAAGAAAUCUCAAAAGUUUGAUCAAAACGAUAGAGUAACCCGUUUGGAAAAAUUCUGAUUUUGCGUUUUUCGUACACAGUUGUUUUUAUAGUCUUUAAAGGCUUCUUUUUUAUCUAGAACGUCAGCAAAGACUUUUUCUCGAUCUAUUUUUGAUAAACACAAAAGAUGAAAAAACUUUAACUUUUUGACCAAAACCAUGGACUAACCCCUUUGCAAAAACGCCAAUUUUGUGCGUUUUUGAAACCGAUAUUUUUGUUGUUCAGAAAGGCUCGUUUGCUAUAUAAAACGUCGAAAAUCGUUUUUUAACGAGAAAUUUUCACGACCUAUGACAUGGGAAUACCGGCAUUUACCAGGGGUUACAGGGGGUUACAGGGGGUUAAAAGGGGUUACAAGGGGUUACAAGGGGUUACAGCGGGUUACAAGGGGUUAAAAGGGGUGACAGGGGGUGACAAGAGGUGACAGGGGGUGACAAGGGGUUACAGGGGGUCACAAUGGAUUAUAGAAACUUUUUUCUAACUAGAACGUUCCCAGAUAUAUUUUCUUACUCUAUUUUGCAAAAGAAUCCAAGUUGAAGAUAUCUCAAAUUUUUGUUCAAAACAAUGGAGUAACCCCUUUGGAAAAGUUCUAAUUUUGCGUUUUUCGUACACAGUUGUUUUUAUAGUCUUUAAAGGCUUUUUUUUUAUCUAGAACAUCAGCAAACACUUUUUCUCGAUCUCUUUUUGAUAAACACAAAAGAUGAAAAAACUUCAACUUUUUGACCAAAAUCAUGGACUAUCCCGUUUCAAAAAUGCCCAUUUUAAAUUCUUUUUAAAUCCAUGUUUAUAUUGUCUAGAAAGGCUUGUUUUCUAACGAGAACAUCAACAAAUCCUUUUUCUGGGUGUAUUUUGCAUAAGACGAAACGUUCACAAAAUUUCCAAUUUUUGACCAAAACCAUGGACUAACCCCUUUGCAAAAAUGCCAAUUUUGUGGGUUUUGAAACCGAUAUUUUUGUUGUUCAGAAAGGCUUGUUUGCUAUAUAAAAUGUCAAAAAUCGUUUUUCCACGAUUUAUUUUUACGAUCUAUAACAUUGGAAUGCCGAGGGGUUACAAGGGAUUACAGGGGGUUACAAGGGCUUACAAGGGGUGACAGGGGUUGACAAGGGGUUACAGGGGGUUACAAUGGAUUAUAGAAACUUUUUUCUAACUAGAACGUUCGCAGAUACUUUUUCUUAGUCUAUUUUCCCUAACAAUCAAAGUUGAAGAAAUCUCAAAUUUUUGAUCAAAACGAUGGACUAACCCCUUUGGAAAAAUUCUAAUUUUGCGUUUUUCGUACACAGUUGUUUUUAUAGUCUUUAAAGGCUUCUUUUUUAUCUAGAACGUCAGCAAACACUUUUUCUCGAUCCAUUUUUGAUAAACACAAAAGAUGAAAAAACUUCAACUUUUUGACCAAAAUCAUGGACUAUCCCCUUUGCAAAAAUGCCAAUUUUGCCUUGCCAUGUUUAUAUUGACUAGAAAGGCUUGGUUUCUAACGAGAACGUCACCAAAUACUUUUUCUGGGUGUAUUUUGCAUAAAACGAAACGUUCACAAAAUUUCCAAUUUAUGACCAAAACCAUGGACUAACCCCUUUGCAAAAAUGCCAAUUUUGGGCGUUUUUGAAACCGAUAUUUUUGUUGUUCAGAAAGGCUUGUUUGCUAUAUAAAAUGUCGAAAAUCGUUUUUUCACGAUUUAUUUUCACGAUCUAUGACAUGGGAAUACAGGGGGUUACAAGGGGUUACAGGGGGUUACAGGGGGUUACAAGGGGUUACAAGGGGUUACAAGGGGUUACAGGGGCUUACAAGGGGUUACAAGGGGUUACAGGGGGUGCCAAAGGGUUACAGGGGGUUACAAUGGAUUAUAGAAACUUUUUUCUAACUACAACGUUCCCAGAUACUUUUUCUUAGUCUAUUUUGCAAAAAAAUCCAAGUUGAAGAAAUCUCAAAUUUUUGAUCAAAACGAUGGAGUAACCCCUUUGGAAAAAUUCUAUUUUUGCCUUUUUCGUACACGGUUGUUUUUAUAGUCUUUAAAGGCUUCUUUUUUUUCUACAACUUCAGAAAACGCUUUUUCUCCAUCUAUUUUUGAUAAACACAGAAGAUGAAAAAACUUCAACAUUUUGUCGAAAAUCAUAAACUAUCCCCUUUACAAAAAUGCCAAUUUUGAAUUCUUUUUAAAUCCAUGUUUAUAUUGCCUAGAAAGGCUUGUUUUCUAACGAGAACUUCACCAAAUACUUUUUUAGGUGUAUUUUGCAUAAGACGAAACGUUCACAAAAUUUCCAAUUUUUGACCAAAACCAUGGACUAACCCCUUUGCAAAAAAGCCAAUUUUGUGCGUUUUUGAAACCGAUAUUUUUGUUGUUCAGAAAGGCUAGUUUGCUAUAUAAAACGUCAAAAAUCGUUUUUCCACGAUUUAGUUUCACGAUUUAUAACAUGGGAAUACCGGGGGUUACAAGGGGUUACAGGGGGUUACAAGGGGUUACAAGGGGUUACAAGGGGUUACAAGGGGUUACCAUUGGUGACAGGGGUUGACAAGGGCUUACAGGGGGUUACAAUCGAUUAUAGAAACUUUUUUCUAACUAGAACUUUCCCAGAUAAUCUUUCUUAGUCUAUUUUGCAUAACAAUCAAAGUUGAAGAAAUCUCAAAUUUUUGAUCAAAACGAUGGACUAACCCCUUUGGAAAAAUUCUAAUUUUCAGUUUUUCGUACCCAGUUGUUUUUAUAGUCUUUAAAGGCUUCUUUUUUAUCUAGAACGUCAGCAAACACUUUUUCUAGAUCCAUUUUUGAUAAACACAAAAGAUGAAAAAACUUCAACUUUUUGACCAAAAUCAUGGACUAACCCCUUUGCAAAAAUGCUAAUUUUGUGCGUUUUUGAAACCGAUUUUUUUGUUCUUCAGAAAGGCUUGUUUGCUAUAUAAAACGUCGAAAAUCGUUUUUUCACGAUUUAUUUUCACGAUCUAUGACAUGGCAAUACAGGGGGUUACAAAGGGCUAAAGGGGGUUACGGGGAGUUAAAAGGGGUUACAAGGGGUUACAAGGGGUUACAGGGGGUUACAAGGAGUUACAAGGGGUGACAGGGGGUGAGAAGGAGUUACAGGGGGUCAAAAUGGAUUAUAGAAACUUUUUUCUAACUAGAACGUUCCCAGAUACUUUUUCUUAGUCUAUUUUGCAUAACAAUCAAAGUUGAAGAAAUCUCAAAUUUUUGAUCAAAACGAUGGACUAACCCCUUUGGAAAAAUUCUAAUUUUGCGUUUUUCGUACACAGUUGUUUUUAUAGUCUUUAAAGGCUUCUUUUUUAUCUAGAACGUCAGCAAACACUUUUUCUCGAUCCAUUUUUGAUAAACACAAAAGAUGAAAAAACUUCAACUUUUUGACCAAAAUCAUGGAAUAACCCCUUUGCAAAAAUGCCAAUUUUGCCUUGUUUUUAAAUCCAUGUUUAUAUUGUCUAGAAAGGCUUGUUUUCUAACGAGAACGUCACCAAAUACCUUUUCUGGGUGUAUUUUGCAUAAAACGAAACGUUCACAAAAUUUCCAAUUUUUGACCAAAACCAUGGACUAACCCCUUUGCAAAAAUGCCAAUUUUGUGCGUUUUUGAAAGCGAUGUUUUUUGUUGUUCAGAAAGGCUUGUUUGCUAUAUAAAACGUCGAAAAUCGUUUUUUAACGAUUUAUUUUCACGAUCUAUGACAUGGGAAUACAGGGGGUUACAAGGGGUUACAGGGGGUUACAGGGGGUUACAACGGGUUACAAGGGGUUAAAAGGGGUUACAAGGGGUUACAGGGGCUUACAAGGGGUUACAAGGGGUGACAGGGGGUGCCAAAGGGUUACAGGGGGUUACAAUGGAUUAUAGAAACUUUUUUCUAACUACAACGUUCCCAGAUACUUUUUCUUAGUCUAUUUUGCAAAAAAAUCCAAGUUGAAGAAAUCUCAAAUUUUUGAUCAAAACGAUGGAGUAACCCCUUUGGAAAAAUUCUAUUUUUGCCUUUUUCGUACACGGUUGUUUUUAUAGUCUUUAAAGGCUUCUUUUUUUUCAACAACUUCAGAAAACGCUUUUUCUCCAUCUAUUUUUGAUAAACACAAAAGAUGAAAAAACUUCAACAUUUUGACGAAAAUCAUAAACUAUCCCCUUUACAAAAAUGCCUAUUUUGAAUUCUUUUUAAAUCCAUGUUUAUAUUGUCUAGAAAGGCUUGUUUUCUAACGAGAACUUCACCAAAUACUUUUUUAGGUGUAUUUUGCAUAAGACGAAAAGUUCACAAAAUUUCCAAUUUUUGACCAAAACCAUGGACUAACCCCUUUGCAAAAAUGCCAAUUUUGUGCGUUUUUGAAACCGAUAUUUUUGUUGUUCAGAAAGGCUAGUUUGCUAUAUAAAACGUCAAAAAUCGUUUUUCCACGAUUUAUUUUCACGAUUUAUAACAUGGGAAUACCGGGGGUUACAAGGGGUUACAGGGGGUUACAAGGGGUUACAAGGGAUUACAAGGGGUUACAAGUGGUUACAGGGGGUUACAAGGGGUUACCAUUGGUGACAGGGGUUGACAAGGGCUUACAGGGGGUUACAAUCGAUUAUAGAAACUUUUUUCUAACUAAAACGUUCCCAGAUAAUCUUUCUUAGUCUAUUUUGCAUAACAAUCAAAGUUGAAGAAAUCUCAAAUUUUUGAUCAAAACGAUGGACUAAUUUUCAGUUUUUCGUACCCAGUUGUUUUUAUAGUCUUUAAAGGCUUCUUUUUUAUCUAGAACGUCAGCAAACACUUUUUCUAGAUCCAUUUUUGAUAAACACAAAAGAUGAAAAAAUUUCAACUUUUUGACCAAAAUCAUGGACUAUCCCUUUGCAAAAAUGCCAAUUUUGAAUUCUUUUUAAAUCCAUGUUUAUAUUGUCUAGAAAGGCUUGUUUUCUAACGAGAACGUCACCAAAUACUUUUUCUGGGUGUAUUUUGCAUAAAACGAAACGUUCACAAAAUUUCCAAUUUUUGACCAAAACCAUAGACUAACCCCUUUGCAAAAAUGCCAAUUUUGUGCGUUUUUGAAAGCGAUGUUUUUCUUGUUCAGAAAGGCUUGUUUGCUAUAUAAAUCGUCGAAAACCGUUUUUUCACGAGUUAUUUUCACGGUCUAUGACAUGGGAAUACACGGGGUUACAAGGAGUUACAGCGGGUUACAGGGGGUUACAAGUGGUUACAAGUGGUUACAGGGGGUUACAAGGGGUUAAAAGGGAUGACAGGGCGUGACAAGGGGUUACAGGGGGUUAUAAAGCAUUAUAGAAACUUUUUUCUAACUAGAACAUUUCCAGAUACUUUUACUUAGUCUAUUUUGCAUAAAAAUCAAAGUUGAAGAAAUCUCAAAAUUUUGAUCAAAACGAUGGACUAACCCCUUUGGCAAAAUUCUAAUUUUGCCUUUUUCGUACAGAGUUGUUUUUAUAGUCUUUAAAGGCGUCUCUGUUAUCUACAACGUCAGCAAACACUUUUUCUGGAUCUCUUUUGAUGAACACAGAAGAUAAAAAAACUUUAACUUUUUGACCAAAAUCAUGGACUAAGCCCUUUCCAAAAUGCCAAUUUUGCCUUCUCUUUAAAUCCAUGUUUAUAUUGUCUAGAAAGGCUUGUUUUCUAACGAGAACGUCAACAAAUACUUUUUCUGGGUGUAUUUUGCAUAAAACGAAACGUUCACGAAAUUUCCAAUUUUUGACCAAGACUAUGGACUAACCUCUUUGCAAAAAUGCCAAUUUUGUGCGUUUUUUAAACCGAUAUCUUUCUUGUUCAGAAAGGCUUGUUUGCUAUAUAAAACGUCGAAAAUCGUUUUUCCACAAUUUAUUUUCACGAUCUAUGACAUGGGAAUACAGGGGGUUACAAGCGGUUACAAGGGGUUACAGCGGGUUACAGGGGGUUAGAAGGGGUUACAGGGGGUUACAAGGGGUUACAGAGGGUUACACUGAAUUAUAGAAACUUUUUUCUAACUAGAACCUCCCCAGAUACUUUUUGUUAGUCUAUUUUGCAUAACAAUCAAAGUUGGAGUAAUCUCAAAUUUUUUAACAAAACGAUGGACUAACCCCAUUCGAAAAAAUUCUAAUUUUGCGUUUUUCGUACACAGUUGUUUUUGUAGUCUUUAAAGGCUUCUUUUUUAUCUAGAACGUCAGCAAAAACUUUUUCUCGAUCAAUUUUUGAUAAACACAAAAAAGUGAUAUUUUUGUUGUUCAGAAAGGCUUGUUUGCUAUAUUAAACGUCGAAAAUCGUUUCUUCUUGAUUUAUUUUCACGAUCUAUGACAUGGGAAUACAGGGGGCUACAAGGGGUUUCGGGGGGUUACAAGGGGUUACAAGGGGUGACAGGGGGUGACAAGGGGUUACAGGGGGUUACAAACAAUUAUAGAAACUUUUUUCUAACUAGAAUGUUCCCAGAUACUUUUUCUUAGUCUAUUUGGCCAAAAAAUCAAACUUGAAGAAAUCUUAAAUUUUUGAUCAAAACGAUGGACUAACCCCUUUGGAAAAAUUCAAAUUUUGCGUUUUUCGUACACAGUUGUUUUUAUAGUCUUUAAAGGUUUCUUUUUUCUCUAGAACGUCAGCAAAAACUUUUUCUGGAUCCAUUUUUGAUAAACACAAAAAAAGGGAUAUUUUUGUUGUUCAGAAAGGCUUGUUUGCUAUAUAAAACGUCGAAAAUCGUUUUUUAACGAUUUAUUUUCACGAUCUAUGACAUGGGAAUACAGGGGGUUGCAAGGGGUUACAGGGGGUUACAGGGGGUUACAGGGGGUUACAAGGGGUUACAAGGGGUUACAGGGGCUUACAAGGGGUUACAAGGGGUGACAGUGGGUGACAAGGGGUUACAGGGGCUUACAAUGGAUUAUAGAAACUUUUUCCUAACUAGAACGUUCUCAGAUACUUUUUCUUAGUCUAUUUUGCAAAAAAAUCCAAGUUGAAGAAAUCUCAAAUUUUUGAUCAAAACGAUGCACUAACCGCUUUGGAAAAAUUCUAAUUUUGCGUUUUUCGUACACACUUUUUUUUAUUGUCAUUUGAGGGUUCUUUUUUAUCUACAACGUCACCAAACACUUUUUCUCGAUCAAAUUUUUGAAAAACACAAAACAUGAAAAAACUUCAAGUUUUUGACCAAAAUCAUGGACUAUCCAAUUUGCAAAAAUGCCAAUUUUGAAUUCUUUUUAAAUCCAUGUUUAUAUUCUCUAGAAAGUCUUGUUUUCUAACGAGAACGUUACCAAAUACUUUUUCUGGGUGUAUUUUGCAUAAAACGAAACGUUUACAAAAUUUCAAAUUUCUGACCAAAACCAUGGACUAACCCCUUUGCAAAAAUGCCAAUUUUGUGCGUUUUUGAAACCGAUAUUUUUGUUGUUCAGAAAGGCUUGUUUGCUAUAUAAAACGUCGAAAAUCUUUCUUUCACGAUUUUUUUUGACGUUCUUUGACAUGGAAAUAACGGGGUUACAAGGGGUUACGGGGGGUUACAGGGGGUUACAAGGGGUUACAAGGGGUUACAGGGGGUUACAAGGGGUUACACGGGGUGACAAGGGGUUACAAGGGGUUAGAUGCGGUUACAACGGAUUAUAGAAAAUUUUUUCUAACCAGAACGAUCCCAGAUUCUUUUUCUUAGUCUAUCUCGCAUAAAAAUCAAAGUUGAAGAAAUCUCUAAAUUUUCAUCAAAACGAUGGACUAACCCCUUUGGAAAAAUGCUAAUUUUCCGUUUUUCGUACACAGUUGUUUUUAUAGUCUUUAAAGGCUUCUUUUUUAUCUAGAACGUCAGCAAACACUUUUUCUCGAUCUAUUUUUGAUAAACACAAAAGAUAAAAAAAACUUCAAUUUUUUGACCAAAAUCAUCGUCUAUCCCCUUUGCAAAAAUGUCAAUUUUGCCUUCCUUUAAAAUCCAUGUUUAUAUUGUCUAGAAAGGCUUGUUUUCUAACGAGAACGUCACCAAAUACUUUUUCGGGGUGUAUUUUGCAUCAAACGAAACGUUCACAAAAUUUCCAAUUUUUGACCAAAACAAUAGACUAACCCCUUUGCAAAACUGCCAAUUUUGUGCGUUUUUGAAACAGAUAUUUUUGUUGUUCAGAAAGCCUUGUUUCCUAUAUAAAACGUCGAAACUCGUUUUUUAACGAUUUAUAUUCACGAUCUAUGACAUGGGAAUACAGGGGGUUACAAGGGGUUACAGGGGGUUACAGGGGGCUACAAGGGGUUACAAGGGGUUACAGGGUGUUACAAGGGGUUACAAAGGGUGAAAGGGGGUGACAAGGGGUUACAGGGGCUUACAAUGGAUUAUAGAAACUUUUUUCUAACUAGAACGUUCCCAGAUACUUUUUGUUAGUCUAUUUUUUUUAUAACAAUCAAAGUUGAAGUAAUCUCUAAAUUUUGAUGAAAACGAUGGACUAACCCCUUUGGAAAAAUUCUAAUUUUGCGUUUUUCGUACAAAGUUGUUUUUAUAGUCUUUAAAAGCUUCUUUUUUAUCUAGAACGUCAGCAAACACUUUUUCUCGACCUAUUUUUGAUAAACACAAAAGAAGAAAAAAGUUCAACUUUUUGACCAAAAUCAUGGGCUAUCCCCUUUGCAAAAAUGCCAAUUUUGCCUUCUUUUUAAAUCCAUGUUUAUAUUGUCUAGAAAGGCUUGUUUUCUAACGAGAACGUCACCAAAUACUUUUACUGGGUGUAUUUUGCAUAAAACGAAACGUUCACAAAAUUUCCAAUUUUUCACCAAAACCAUGAACUAACCCCUUUGCAAAAAUGCCAAUUUUGUGCGUUUUUGAAAGCGAUAUUUUUGUUGUUCAGAAAGGCUUGUUUCCUAUAAAAAACGUCAAAAAUCGUUUUUUAACGAUUUAUUUUCACGAUGCAUAACAUGGGAAUACAGGGGGUUACAAGCGGUUACAAGUGGUUACAGGGAGUUACAAGGGGUUACAGGGGGUUACAGGGGGCUACAAGGGAUUACAAGGGGUUACAGCGGGUUACAAGGGGUUACAAAGGGUGAAAGGGGGUGACAAGGGGUUACAGGGGGAUACAAUGGAUUGUAGAAACUUUUUUCUAACUAGAACGUUCCCAGAUACUUUUUCUUAGUCUAUUUUGCAUAACAAUCAAAGGUUAAGAAAUCUCUAAAUUUUAAUCAAAACGAUGGACUAACCUCUUUGCAAAAAUGUUAAUUUUGUGCGUUUUUGAAACCGAUAUUUUUGUUGUUCAGAAAGGCUUGUUUGCUAUAUAAAACGUCAAAAAUCGUUUUUUAACGAUUUAUAUUCACGAUCUAUGACAUGGGAAUACAGGGGGUUACAAGGGGUUACAGGGGGUCACAGGGCGUUACAAGGGGUUACAAAGGGUGAAAAAGGGUGACAAGGGGUUACAGGGGCUUACAAUGGAUUAUAGAAACUUUUUUCUAACUAGAACGUUCCCAGAUACUUUUUGUUAGUCUAUUUUUUUUAUAACAAUCAAAGUUGAAGUAAUCUCUAAAUUUUUAUCAAAACGAUGGACUAACCCCUUUGGAAAAAUUCUAAUUUUGCGUUUUUCGUACGAAGUUGUUUUUAUAGUCUUUAAAAGCUUCUUUUUUAUCUAGAACGUCAGCAAACACUUUUUCUCGACCUAUUUUUGAUAAACACAAAAGAUGAAAAAACUUCAACUUUUUGACCAAAAUGCCAAUUUUGUGCGUUUUUGAAACCGAUAUUUUUGUUCUUCAGAAAGGCUUGUUUGCUAUAUAAAACGUCCUAAAUCGUUUUUUCACGAUUUAUUUUCACGAUCUUUGACAUGGGAAUAACGGGGUUACAAGGGGUUACAGGGCGUUACAGGGGGUUACAAGGGGUUACAAAGGGUGACAGGGGGUUACAAUGGAUUAUAGAAACUUUUUUCUAACUAGAACGUACCCAGAUACUUUUUCUUAGUCUAUUCUUUUUAUAACAAUCAAAGUUGAAGUAAUCUCUAAAUUUUUAUCAAAACGAUGGACUAACCCCUUUGGAAAAAUUCUACUUUUGCGUUUUUUGUACACAGUUGUUUUUAUAGUCUUUAAAAGCUUCUUUUUUAUCUAGAACGUUAGCAAACAUUUUUUCUCGAUCUAUUUUUGAUAAACACAAAAGAUGAAAAAACUUCAACUUUCUGACCAAAAUCAUGGACUAUCCCCUUUGCAAAAAUGCCAAUUUUGCCUUCUUUUUAAAUCCAUGUUUAUAUUGUCUAGAAAGGCUUGUUUUCUACCCAGAACGUCACCAAAUACUUUUUCUGGGUGUAUUUUGCAUAAAACGAAACGUUCACAAAAUUUCCAAUUUUUGACCAAAACCAUGGACUAACCCCUUUGCAAAAAUGCCAAUUUUGUGGGUUUUGAAACCGAUAUUUUUGUUGUUCACAAAGGCUUGUUUGCUAUAUAAAACGUCGAAAAUCGUUUUUUCACGAUUUAUUUUCACGAUCUAUGACAUGGGAAUACCAGGCGUUACAAGGGGUUACAGGGGGUUACAGGGGGUUACCGGGGUUUACAAGGGGUUAGAAGGGGUUACAAGGGGUUACAGCGGGUUACAAGGGGUUACAACGGGUGACGGGGGGUGACAAGGGGUUAGAGGGUGUUACAAUGGAUUAUAGAAACUUUUUUCUAACUACAACGUUCCCAGAUACUUUUUCUUAGUCUAUUUUGCAAAAAAAUCCAAGUUGAAGAAAUCUCAAAUUUUUGAUCAAAACGAUGGACUAACCCCUUUGGAAAAAUUCUAAUUUUUCGGACACGGUUCUUUUUAUAGUCUUUAAAGGCUUCUUUUUUAUCUAGAACGUCAGCAAACACUUUUUCUUGAUCCAUUUUUGAGAAACACAAAACAUGAAAAAACUUCAACUUUUUGACCAAAAUCAUGGGCUAUCCCCUUUGCAAAAAUGCCAAUUUUGCCUUCUUUUUAAAUCAAUGUUUUUAUUGUCUAGAAAGGCUUGUUUUCUACCGAGAACGUCACCAAAUACUUUUUCUGGGUGUAUUUUGCAUAAAACGAAACGUUCACAAAAUUUCCAAUUUUUGACCAAAACCAUGGACUAACCCCUCUGCAAAAAAGCCAAUUUUGUGGGUUUUUGAAACCGAUGUUUUUGUUGUUCAGAAAGGCUUGUUUGCUAUAUAAAACGUCGAAAAUCGUUCUUUCACGUUUUUUUUUCACGAUCUAUGACAUGGGAAUACAGCGGGUUACAAGGGGCUACAGGGGGUUACAGGGGGUUACAAGGCGUUACAAUGGGUUACAAGGGGUUACAGGGGGUUACAAGGGGUUACAGGGGUUGACAAGGGGUUACAGGGUGUUGCAAUGGAUUAUUGAAUCCUUUUUCUAACUAGAACGUUCCCAGAUACUUUUUCUUACUCUAUUUUGCAUAACAAUCAAAGUUGAAGAAAUCUCAAAUUUUUCAUCAAAGCGAUGGACUAACCCCUUUGGAAAAAUUCUAAUUUUCCGUUUUUCGUCCACAGUUGUUUUUAUAGUCUUUAAAGGCUUGCUUUUUAUUAAGAACGUCAGCAAACACUUUUUCUCGAUCCAUUUUUGAUAAACACAAAAGAUGAAAAUGAAUAACCCUUUUGCAAAAAUGCCAAUUUUGUGCUUUUUUAACCGAUGUUUUUAAUUUUCAGAAAGGCUUGUUUUCUAUAUAAAAAGUUGAAAAUCGUUUUUUGACGAUUUAUUUUCACGAUCUAUCACAUGGGAAUACACGGGGUUACAAGGGGUUACAGGGAGUUACAGGGGGCUAGACGGUCUUACAAGGGGUUACAAACGGGUUAGACGAGGUUACGAGGGGUUACAAGGGGUGACAGAGGGUGACAAGGGGUUACAGGGGGUAACAAACGAUUAUAGAAACUUUUUCUAACUAGAACGUUCCCAGAUACUUUUUGUUAGUCUAUUUUGCAAAAAAAUCAAAGUUGACGAAAUCUCAAAUUUUUGAUCAAAACGAUGGACUAACCCCUUUUUAAAAAGUGCAAUUUUGCGUUUUUUGUACACAGUUGUUUUUAUAGUCUUUAAAGGCUUCUUUUUUAUCUAGAACGUUAGCAAACUCUUUUUCUCGAUCAAUUUUUGAUAAACACAAAAGAUGAAAAAACUUCAACUUUCUGACCAAAAUCAUGGACUAUCCCCUUUGCUUUAAUGCUAAUUUUGCCUUCUUUUUAAAUCCAUGUUUAUGUUGUCUAGAAAGGCUUGUUUUCUAACGAGAACGUCACCAAAUACCUUUUCUGGGAGUAUUUUGCAUAAAACGAAACGUUCACAAAAUUUCCAAUUUUUGACCAAAACCAUGGACUAACCCCUUUGCAAAAAUGCCAAUUUUGUGGGUUCUUAAAAGCGAUGUUUUUGUUGUUCAGAAAGGUUUGUUUGCUAUAUAAAACGUCGAAAAUCGUUUUUUCACGAAUUAUUUUCACGAUCUAUGACAUGGGAAUACAGGGGGUUUCAAGGGAGUACAGGGGGUUACAGGGGGUUAAAGGGGGUUACAAAGGGUUAAAAGGGGUUACAAGGGGUUACAAGGGGUUACAGGGGGUUACAAGGGGUUACAAGUUGUGACAGGGGGUGAAGACGGGUUACAGGGGAAUACAAAGGAUUAUAGAAACUUUUUUCUAACUAGAACGUUCUUAGAUACUUAUUUUGGUCUAUUUUGCAUGAAAAUCAAAGCAGAAGAAAUCUCAAAUUUUUGAUCAAAACCAUGGACUAAACCCUUUGGAAAAAUUCUAAUUUUCGCGUUUUUCGUACACAGUUGUUUUUAUAGUCUUUAAAGGCUUCUUUUUUAUCUAGAACGUUAGCAAACACUUUUUCUCGAUCCAUUUUUGAGAAACACAAAAGAUGAAAAAACUUCAACUUUUUGACCAAAAUCAUGGACUAUCCCCUUUGCAAAAAUGCCAAUUUUGCCUUGUUUUUAAAUCCAUGUUUCUAUUGUCUAGAAAGGCUUGGUUUCUAACGAGAACGUCACCAAUUCCUUUUUCUGGGUGUAUUUUGCAUAAAACGAAACGUUCACAAAAUUUCCAAUUUUUGACCAAAACCAUGGACUAACCCCUUUGCAAAAAUGCCAAUUUUGUGGGUUUUUGAUAGGGAUGUUUUUGUUGUUCAGAAAAACUUGUUUGCUAUGUAAAACGUCGAAAAUCGUUUUUUCACGAUUUAUUUUCACGAUCUAUGACAUGGGAAUACCGGGGGUUACAAGCGGUUACAGGGGGUUACAGGGGGUUACAAGGGGUUACUAGGGGUUACAAGAGGGUUACGAGGGGUUACAAGGGGUUACAGGGGAUUACAGGGGGUUACAAAAGGUUACAAGGGGUUACAGGGGGUUACAAGGGGUUUCAAGGGGUGACAGGGGGUGACAAAGGGUUACAGGGAGUUACAAUGGAUUAUAGAAACUUUUUUCUAACUAGAACGUUCCCAGAUACUUUUUCUUAGUCUAUUUUGCAUAACAAUCAAAGUUGACGAAAUUUCAAAAUUUUCAUCAGAACGAUGGACUAACCUCUGUGGAAAAAUUCUAAUUUUGCGUUUUUCGUACACAGUUGUUUUUAUAGUCUCUAAAGACUUCUUUUUUAUCUAGAACGUCAGGAAACACUUUUUCUCGAUCUAUUUUAGAUAAACACACAAGAUAAAAAAGCUUCGACUUUUUCACCAAAAUCAUGGACUAUCCCCUUUCCUUAAAUGCAAAUUUUGCCUUCUUUUUAAAUCCAUGUUUAUAUUGUCUAGAAAGACUUGUUUCCUCAAGAGAACGUCACCAAAUACUUUUUCUGGGUGUAUUUUGCAUAAAACGAAACGUUCACAAAAUUUCCAAUUUUUGACUAAAACCAUGUACUAACCCCUUUGCAAAAAUGCCAAUUUUGUGCCUUUUUGAAACCGAUAUUUUUGUUAUUCAGAAAGGCCUUUUUGCUAUAUAGAACGUCAAAAAUGGUUUUUCCACGAUUUAUUUUCACGAUCUAUAACAUGGGAAUACAGGGGGUUACAAGGGGUUACAAGAUGUUACAGGGUGUUACAAGGGGUUACAAGGGGUUACAGGGGGUUACAAGAGGUUACAAGGGGUUACAGGGGUUGACAAGAGGUUACAGGGUUUUGCAAUGGAUUAUUGAAUCUUUUUUCUAACUAGAACGUUCCCAGAUACUUUUUCUUAGUCUAUUUUGCAUAACAAUCAAAGUUGAAGAAAUCUCAAAAUUUUGAUCACAACGAUGGACUAACCCAGUUGGAAAAAUUCUAAUUUUGCGUUUUUCGUACAAACUUGUUUUUAUAGUCUUUAAACGCUUCUUUUUUAUCUAGAACGUCAGCAAACACUUUUUCUCGAUCCAUUUUUGAGAGACACAAAAGGUGAAAAAACUUCAACUUUUUGACCAAAAUCAUGGACUAUCCCCUUUGCAAAAAUGCCAAUUUUGCCUUCUUUUCAAAUCCAUGUUUAUAUUGUCUAGAAAGGCUUGUUUUCUACGAGAACGUCACCAAAUACUUUUUUUGGGUGUAUUUUGCAUAAAACGAAACGUUCACAAAAUUUCCAAUUUUUGACCAAAACCAUGGACUAACCCCCUUGCAAAAAUGCCAAUUUUGUGGGUUUUUGAAAGCGAUGUUUUUGUUGUUCAGACAGGCUUGUUUGCUAUAUGAAACGUUGAAAAUCGUAUUUUCACGAUUUAUUUUCACGCUCUAUGACAUGGGAAUACCGGGGGCUACAAGGGGUUAAAGGGGGUUACAAGUUGUUACAAGGAGUUACAAGGGGUUACAGGGGGUUACAAGGGGUUACAAGGGAUGACAGGGGGUGACAAGGGGUUACAGGGGGUUACAAUGGAUUAAAAAAACUUUUUUCUAACUAGAACGUUCCCAGAUACUUUUUCUUAGUCUAUUUUGCAUAACAAUCAAAGUUGAAGAAAUCUCCAAAUUUUGAUCACAACGAUAGACUAACCCCUUUGGAAAAAUUCUAAUUUUGCGUUUUUCGUACACAGUUGUUUUUAUAGUCUUUAAAGGCUUCUUUUUUAUCUAGAACGUCAGCAAACACUUUUUCUCGAUCCAUUUUUGAGAAACACAAAAGAUUAAAAAACUUGAACUUUUUCACCAAAAUCAUGGACUAUCCCCUUUGCAAAAAUGCCAAUUUUGCCUUCUUUUUAAAUCUAUGUUUAUAUUGUCUAGCAACGCUUGUUUUCUAACGAGAACGUCACCAAAUACUUUUUCUGGGUGUAUUUUGCAUAAAACGAAACGUUCACAAAAUUUCCAAUUUUUCACCAAAACCAUGGACUAACCCCUUUGCAAAAAUGCCAAUUUCGUGCGUUUUUGAAACCGAUAUUUUUAUUGUUCAGAAAGGCUUGUUUGCUAUAUAGAACGUCAAAAAUGGUUUUUCCACGAUUUAUUUUCACGAUCUAUAACAUGGGAAUACCGGGGGUUACAAGGGGUUACAGGGGGUUACAGGGGGUUACAAGGGGUUACAAGGGGUUACAAGGGGUUUCAAGGGGUUACGGGGGGUUAGAAGGGGUUACAAGGGGUGACAGGGGUUGACAAGGGGUUACAGGGGGCUACAAUGGAUUAUUGAAUCUUUUUUCUAACUAGAACGUUCCCAGAUACUUUUUCUUAGUCUAUUUUGCAAAAAAAAUCCAACUUGAAGAAAUAUCAAAUUUUUUAUCAAAACGAUAGAGUAACCCCUUUGGAAAAAUUAUAAUUUUUCGUUUUUCGUACACAGUUGUUUUUAUAGUCUUUAAAGGCUUCUUUUUUAUCUAGAACGUCAGCAAAAACUUUUUCUCGAUCCUUUUUUGAAAAACACAAAAAAGCGAUAUUUUUGUUGUUCAGAAGGGAUUGUUUGCUAUAUAAAACGUCGAAAAUCGUUUCUUCUUGAUUUAUUUUCACGAUCUAUGACAUGGGAAUACAGGGGGUUACAAGGGGUUACAGGGGGUUACAAGGGGUUACAAGGGGUUACAAGGGGUUACAGGGGGUUACAAGGGGCUACAAGGGGUGACAGGGGGGGAAAAAGGGUUACAGGGCGUUACAAUGGGUUAA